UCCUGGCAGCGCAGACGAGAGCGCCGAGGGAAGCAAGAUGGCGGACGUGCUGGAUCUUCACGAGGCCGGGGGCGAGGAUUUCGCCAUGGAUGAGGAUGGGGACGAGAGCAUCCACAAACUAAAAGAGAAAGCGAAGAAACGAAAGGGCCGCGGCUUUGGCUCCGAAGAGGGGUCCCGAGCGCGGAUGCGGGAGGAUUAUGACAGUGUGGAGCAGGAUGGCGAUGAACCAGGACCACAACGCUCUGUUGAAGGUUGGAUUCUCUUUGUCACUGGAGUCCACGAAGAAGCCACUGAAGAAGAUAUCCAUGACAAAUUCGCUGAAUAUGGGGAAAUAAAAAACAUCCACCUUAAUUUGGACAGGCGUACAGGAUACUUGAAGGGAUACACACUAGUUGAGUAUGAAACAUACAAAGAGGCUCAGGCUGCCAUGGAGGGACUCAAUGGUCAAGAUUUGAUGGGACAGCCAAUCAGUGUUGACUGGUGUUUUGUUCGUGGUCCACCAAAGGGCAAGAGGAGAGGUGGCCGAAGACGAAGCAGGAGUCCAGACCGAAGACGCCGUUGAUAGAGCCUCUGUUGACCAGGUGGUCUCUCUACGAGUCCAUUUGGUUAUACUGCCUUGGAUACAUAGGGCUAGGGUAGAACUGUGUUUAUAUUUAAUUCCUUACCCUAUCUACUUAGUAUAGCUUUUGAGCCUAAAAAAAUGAUAAUAAAUGUUUCACUUUGUUUUUCUACAUUUAAAAUUAUUUUAUGGUUCUGUAAACUCUGAAUAACCAUUAGAGUUAUUUUGAAGAUACUUGGGACUGGAGUGUAAUUCUCAGUUUCUAGAAAGGCUCAAAGAGAGUGCUCAGUAUUUCUUUCUCUUCGAAGACAAGAGCAGGGGUAGUGAGACUUUCUUAUGGUUAGUGAAUGUUUCUUACACACUUAGUGAGUAGAUGUUAUAUUAGUGUGUCUUUUGCUGCUCUGUCAGACAGUCUUGUGUAGCCCCGGUUGACCCUGAGCUCAUUGUGUUGCCAAGAAUGACCUUGAAGGACUGGUACUGGCCUCUUGUCCCCCAGGUGCCAAGAUUCCAGGUAUGGGCCUCCAGUUUCUGUGGUCUCUGGAAUUGAAGCAUUGUGCUUUGAGAUGCUCGGCCAGCUCUUCCUUGAAUAUGGUGCUGAAUAUGACUUUGUUAGGUUCCUACAAAACAAAAGAAAUCCAGCUUGAAUACGAUGUGAUAAUAUGUGCACCUUUAAUCCCAGCACUGGGAAGGCAGAGGCAGGAGGAUCUCUUUGAGUUCAAGGCCAGCCUGGUCUACAGAGAGAAUUCCAGGAUAGCCAGGGAUAUAAAGAGAGACCCUGUCUUGAAAAACCAAAAGAAAGAAAGACAUUACAUUUCCUUUAUCAUAGUUUUUAGCUGAAGUGAUUUUUUCUCGUAUGUCUGUAGCAACUGUGUGAUUGUUGUUGUUUUGAAGUCUAAAGUCACUGUGGCCCACAGUGGCCUCAGACUGCUUCUGUCUCUGUCUCCCCAGUGCUUAAUGGCAGAUAUUAAACCAAGAGUUUUUUCAGA